CUCAGCUGUUGCUCUUUCUCCUCUGUCUCCUGCUGUGCCAUUAGCUGUCACCUCAGCAGCCAGCAGGAGCAAUGGGAAACUGGGCACUGGUCUCAAUGCCUACUCAGGAAUUGGAUGCGUUUAUCCAGAAAUCCCUGAGGCCCUUCGAAGACUGUCAGAAGCAGAUCGACAAGGCAGUGGACACCAUCUGUGCCGCCCUGCAUGAAGCCGAGGAGCAACUCCUGGUGACAGAUGUGGCCAAAGGUGGCUCCUAUGGCUGGGAAACUGUCUUAAAGGGCGACUCCGAUGGUACCCUCGUUAUCUUCGUCAGUAACCUUGGAACAUUCAAGGAUCAGAAGAAAAUCCAACAUGAAGUCCUCUGCAAAAUCUGUAACUGGCUGAAACACUGUCAGCUUGAAAGAAAGCUGGCAGCCAAGAUGGAGAUCCUGACAUCCAGCGGUGGGCUCUUCAUCCAGCUGUCCACAAGAUGGCAGAGCGUCACUUUUAAGGUGCUGCCUGCCUUCGAUGCUCUGGGCUUAAGUGAGAAGCCCAGCCCUUGCACCUAUCGAGAGCUUAAAAGGUCCCUGGAUAUGACAAAAGCCAACCCAGGCGAAUUCUCAGUCUGCUUCACAAAACUCCAGCAGAAUUUUUUUAACAACCGUCCCAGAAAACUGAAGGACUUGAUCCUCUUGGUGAAGCACUGGUAUCAACUGUGCCAGGAAAAGCUGAGCGCUCGACCCCUACUGUCCUCGUAUGCUUUGGAGCUGCUCACAGUCUAUGCCUGGGAACAGGGGUGCGGAGCAGAAGACUUUGAGAUAGUCGAAGGCAUCAGAACGGUUCUGGGGCUCAUCAAACAGCAGACACAUCUGUGUGUCUACUGGACAGUCAAUUACAACUUUGAGGAUGAGACUGUCCGGAAUAUUUUGCUGAGCCAGAUCCGGUCACCCAGGCCAGUGAUCUUGGAUCCAACUGACCCAACCAAUAACGUGAGCAAAGAUAACACGUGCUGGCAGCUGCUGAAACAAGAAGCUGAAGUGUGGUUGCUUUACCUGAAUGAGUCACCCGGACCAUCGUGGAAUGUUCUGCCAACAUCGCUCCAGGAAACCCCAGGCCAUCGUCUGGAUAAGUUCAUCAAGGACUUCCUCCAGCCCAGCGAAGAUUUCCUCAGUCGGAUCCAAAAAGCUGUUGACAUCAUCUGUAGAUUCCUUAAAGAAAAUUGCUUCAGACAUUCAACAACAAAAGUUCAGAAGGCUGUCAAGGGAGGGUCGGCCGGCAAAGGCACAACUCUCAGAACAGGUUCUGACGCCGACCUCGUCGUGUUCACCACCUCACUCAAAAGCUACACCUCCCAAAACACAGAGAGAUGCGACAUCAUCAAGGAAAUCCGCAAACAGCUAGAAGCCUGUCAGCAGCAGGAGAAGUUUGAAGUGAAGUUUGAGAUUUCAAAAUGGAAGGCUCCCAGGGUGCUGAGCUUCUCUCUAAAAUCCAAAGAGUUCAACGAAAGUGUCGACUUUGAUGUACUGCCUGCGUUUAACGCACUAGAUAAAUGGAAACCUGGUUCUACCCCCAGCCCCAAGGUCUACACUGAUCUCAUCUCUCUGUAUAAGUCCUCAGACGUCAUGGGGGGAGAAUUUUCUACCUGUUUCACGGAGCUGCAGCGUGACUUUGUUAUCUCCCGACCCACCAAACUGAAGGAUUUAAUUCGCCUAGUGAAGCACUGGUACAAACAGUGUGAAAAGAAACUGAAGAAAAAGGGGUCUCUGCCCCCCAAAUAUGCCCUGGAGCUGCUCACCAUCUACGCCUGGGAGCAAGGGAGUGGGCAGUUGGAUUUUGACACCGCGGAAGGUUUCCGGACCGUCCUGGAGUUGAUCAGACAGCAUCGGCAGCUCUGUAUCUUCUGGACGGUCAAUUACAACUUUGAGGAAGCAGUUGUGAGAAACUUCCUACUGACCCAGCUCCAGAAAACCAGGCCUGUGAUCUUGGACCCGGCCGAACCUACUGGCGACGUGGGUGGCGGGGACCGCUGGUGUUGGCAUCUUCUCGCGAAAGAAGCUACCGAAUGGCUGUCCUCUCCGUGCUUCAAAGACGGGACUGGAUAUAUCGUACAAUUUUGGAAAGUGCCCACCGCGCAGACACCAGGAAGCUGUGGGGCUCGGCUGCAUCCUGUGGUCAAUGAGAUGUUCUCAUUCAGGAGUUGCGAAAUCCUCGAAUAAAAAUGCUAGAAGAAACUUCUAGAGGUCAUCGGCAAUUGCUGUUGAAGAAUCAGGUCACAGUAUAAAAGAGUAACCCAGAUCCGUUCUUCCAUUAAUGGUCCCCAGUGCUCUUACCCUCACUUCUUCGACUUCUCUUCAAAUCAAGACCGCGGCGUCCUUCGAAAGUCUUGUAAAGUCUCGCCUUGCCGAACUCUCACUCCACAAGCGACGUACCUUAUUAAACAUAGUUGCUCAUAGCUUUAGGCACACCGUAUUGCUGUCAGCGGUUCUGUAUUUUUCCAGUUACUUCUUUCCUGCCCCUUCAGGUCUUAGAAGAGGAAUCUCUCCAUAUUCUGAAAGAGCCCCUUGGUUCCCAUAAUUCAGGGAUCUUGCUUUCAUAAUCCUCCACCUCGCUCACCUCCCUCUGUACACAAAACAGUGUCUGCCCCGCUGAACUGAAGGUCUCCUAAGCUAGUAGUAAGCCGACCUCUUCUUGGACCUUCAAACUCUCCACAGGGUUAUUGAGAAUAUAUAUAUAGCUCCUGUUGUCUUCCUCUCAGCUUACCUUUACUCUCCCAUCCAUGAGUACCUUCUUGCCACAUCUAACGCCUUUAUCCUCUGGCUUUAGCUUUAAAGGUACUUGAAGAUCUAAGUGUUUUAACCUCAUAGAUAUCUAUUAUACUUAAAGUCUUAUUACUUUCACAUAUACCAGCUAUCAUACAAUAAAGAAUAUAUCUGGUCUUUAUUCCCCGUCCCUGGCACAGAGCUUCAAAAACCCUUGGAAUUUCCUGAUAGGUGUGUCUUUUGCAUUCAUAAUGAGCCCCUUCCAACCAUCCCUGGGUUUGUGCUAAUGAGGUAUGGGCUCUGAGAUUUCAAGGGGGUGGGGUUGGCCAUGCCAGAAAGACCAAGCAGGAAAGUCCAAGGAUGUGAUUAGAGGCUUGAAACUUUCAGCCCCACCCCCAACUCCCAAGAGGAGAUGGGGCUGGAGAUUGAUCUCAAACAUGUGGCCAAGGAUUUAAUCAAUCACGAGUCUACAAUGAACCCCCAAUAAAAACUCUGGACAGCCAGGCUUGGGGAGCUUCCCAGUUGGCAAAUAUAUCAAUGUUUUAUGAAGAUGGCACAUCCGGACUCCAUGGGGAUGGAAGCUCCUUGCACUAAGGACCCUUCCGGACCUUGUCCUUUCUGUAUCUCUUCAUCUGGCUGUUUAUCUGUGUCCUUUAUAAUAACAUGGUGAUUGCAAGUACA